AUGGAUUUCAUUUUUACACCUGGUGCAAUUACUGGACUUGUGAUUGGUUUUCUGCUCGCGGCCCUUAUUUGCAUGAUCUUUAUUUGGCGUCGCUGGAGAAAACAGAAGAUUUUAAGGAAACAAGGUCUCAUUCCAGGGUAAAAAAAUACUUUGUCCUCGAUGUAAAUCAGAAAGAUCUGUUUUGCUCUAAAAAUGGGGAAAAGCUUUUUGAUCGGGCUGGUUUGGCUUAAAUUGUGCUCAAAUGGCUCCAAGAGGGCCGAGCUGAAUCAGACAGUGGCCUGUAGAGCUGAAUUGACAAUUUUGGGCGGAAGCAGAUCUUUUUAAUCUUCAAUGUUUAUAACCUAAAUUAGACGCGAGGAAAUGAGUCGGAGAAAAUCGAAGGACAAUAAAAUUAUGAAAUUAAGAUUGUUCAAAAGUAAUACUGCAUUGGCAUAAUGCGAAAGCUUCCGUUGAGCUAUAGUUAAUUGGUGACUGAGUUCUUAUAUAAAAUAUGAGCAAAACAUUUUGUCACGUAAAACAUACAGCUCAAGAUUUAGUGAUAGACCCCUUAGCUUCAGAAUCAUUGAUUCAUAAUUUUUGUCUUGUAUAAUUAUGCAACGAUAAAAGUUGAAUUAAAAGGCACACGUAUGUUUAUGGCAUAUGUUAUGAAAUUUAAUCGAAAAAUUAAUUGAGACCUCUUUAUAAUAUUUGUGGUCUCAAUUAAUUUUUUGAACCAACAACUGAAUCAGUAAAACGGGUUGUUAACGCUUUCAGUGGUCACCAAUUAUGACCUUUAUAACUUUUUUAACAUUUCAGUACAACAACAAAUUCUUACCUCCUUAUUUUUUUACAGGAAAAACGGUGUGAUAAUUGAUCACUGGGAGGUAGACGGAGACCUUGUUACGCUUGAGAAUGAGAUCGGAGAGGGAGCUUUUGGUAAAGUUUUCAAGGGAACUCUAGUCAAACCCACCAGCUCUUUACCCCAGAAGUUUUGUUUGAAGCCUUGGAGGAAAACUGCUAAAACUAUCAAUGGAAGUGAAACAUACGUGGUUGCAGUAAAAAUGCUUCAUAGUGAGUACCUGUUGUUUCUGCUACUAAAAAUAGAUAUCUUGUAACCUUCUUGAAAAGAAUUGAAUAGAAAAAAUUCACUUUUAUUCUAAAAAUUACGUUUCCUAGGCUUUAAAUGCGGCUUCAGCUCUGGUUGAUGUAAAAGUCUCGCUGCUAAAACAGACCCGAACCAAGCCAAAGAAAGACAUUUUAUUAUUAUUAUUGUUAAUACUUAGUUUUCUUUUUGUUUUAGACAUGCCAGAUGAAAGUGUACGGCAAGACUUUCUGGACGAAAUUCAGUUGAUGAAGGCGGUGGGGUCCCACAAGAAUAUUGUCAGCAUGGUCGGCUGCUGCACUCUCGAGGAACCUAUGUUUUUGUUAGUUGAAUAUGCCCCAUACGGUGAUCUCCUACACUACCUCAGAAAACAUAGGAAAACGGUAUUUAUCCCCUUAAAUACUUACAUGGAUACUUUAUUAUACUCCGUCCCUAAUCAGGGCAUUUCAGAAGUACAGACAAACGCAUUUUAUAACUGUCUUAAAACCAGUUAAAAUAGAAAUGACAUUAGAACUAAAAUAUUUACAAGCUAAUCUCUAUUAUGCAUAUGAAUUACACAUGUAUUAUAAAGAAUUAUUGUAAUGCUAAUUAUUAAGAAAUUCUUCAAGCAGCUUUUUCGCAGCAGUGCACGCUUAAAAGUUUUAUCGUCUUAGCAAACUUUGAUCGAGCCUCUUAGGGCGGCAUUCUAAAAUGAACGUUUACCAGUAUUUGUUUUAAGUAGCGGGAUAUCCAAUAACUAGGAACUCCUGGUUUGGUGGCGUAGACAUGCUGGAUCGUUUUACAAAACUAUCUGCUUUCCAUUUAAAGUUUUAAAGUGGCUUUGCCUAUAUGCCAGGGAAAAUCCGUGGUGAGGAGAGGGGAGGCGGUAAUUCCUCUUUCCUAAUUGACACAUCCAUGGCAGGUUCCUCAGUGUGAAAAACGUGGACGUUCCCAUAGGAAACGGCAAAUUGAUAUAAAAGGUUAAUUCCACAAUUUUUAUCACCACCGUGUUUUAUUAUGGAUAUGAUGGGAUUACGGUCUUUGGGACCAAGAGAACUCAAGUUCUUACUACAAAAAAUUAUUCGAUACCUUAAAAAUUCCUUUGUUCUUCUCAAAACAGUGACAUUCAAGCUUUCAAGGCUCUUAUGAAUAAGCUAGUCAAUGCAUUAAAAGAAACAGAUCAGUGUUGCUUAUAAUUAAUACGGCACCUUGUGUACAAAAAUUUGGAGCGUAUUACUUAAACUAAAUAGUACAUACACCAUUUGCACAUCUCCCAUAAUACACCUUGAUUGCCCCUAUUCUUCCCCCCCCCCCCCCCCCCCCCCCCCCCCCACAGCACCCCCCCUAUCAUACUAAUAAAAAAAACUUUUCAAAAAAAAAAUAAAAAAAAAAACUAAAAUUUUAAAAAAAAAAAUAAGAGAAAAAAAAGAAGAUAUAAUAGAGAACAAGAAAAAGGACAUAAAGGAUAGAACUCCUUUUUAUUAUACAUCUUUCAUCCUUUUCAUAUAACAUAAAAAAAGAGUCGUUUUGCUUAUAAGUAUAUCCGACCCUGGUUUACAAAAAUUUGGACCCUUUUAUUUAAACUAAAAAGUACAAUCACCCUCUCCCCCCCCCCCCUAAACCCCCUUGAUGGCCCCUUUUCUGCCCCCCCCCCCCCGCCCCCGCCCAAAAAAGGGAAUUUCUCUUAUAUGAUUAAUAAUACAGCUGUCUCAAAAGGAAUUGAAAACAAUCAAUUAAUUUUUUGGCAAAAUAUUGGCGGGUAAACAAGGUGUAUUAUGGGAGACCCAAUGAAGUGCAGAGUUGGUUCAUAUCCCUCUUUACUAUACGUCUUCCAGGCCUUUCAAAAGUCAAACAAAGAGCUUGGAUGUUCAAUCACAUUCACUACACCAGACGAUCAGAUAAACAGGAUAAACACUGGCAGGGAAACCAAUACAGUCUUGAAAACGGAAGAUCAGGAAGAAAAAGAAUACUACAACGAGGAGAUUUUGACCCCUGGAAAUCUAAUGGCGUUUGCUUGGCAUGUUUGUCAAGGCAUGGUAAGCAAGCCACCAAUCUUAAGCUACUUUUCUGAGAAAAACGUUCGUCCACUAGUGAAGAAAACUGGACCACCAAACUUCUUCUAGUUAGCACAACUGGCUUGGUUCCGGACCGCGGAGCUCUAGGCUUAAGUAUGUUUCCCAACCGAAAGUGCUAGUUCAUUGCUCUGACAUCUGCAAAUGAUUGAAAACUUUUUUUCAUUUGUGGUCUCUGAUAAGCUCCUUAGUGCAGUAUUACGAUAAACCUAGGGCUCUUUUACGCGGUUGUUCCACUUAAUUGUACUUUGCAGCACGUUUAAAUCGCUAACAUAAAAUGUUUUUUCCACUGUGUAAGGAAUACCUGGCGAGAAAGGGAUACGUUCAUCGCGAUUUGGCGGCUAGAAAUGUACUUAUUGGAGAAAAGAAAAUUGCAAAAGUGUCAGACUUUGGACUGAGUCGACAAGUGUAUGAAAAGAAAGUUUACCAUGGCAAACGAAACAGGAAACUUCCUUUCAAAUGGAUGUCAACAGAAGCCAUCUUUGACCAGACAUUCACUACGAAGAGCGAUGUGUAAGAUUACUGAUAAUUAGCGCAUAUUAACUAAAUAUAACGCUUUUCGAAAAUACAGAAAAGACUACAUAUACUCUUUCAAUGCAAAGUUCAUAUGAAUCAAAUAUUUUAAUAGAGCGAGCCUAUGCCCUGCUUAUAGAAGUUUUUUCGGCACGGGUUUUAGCUUUUACGAAGUAUUUCACGUAGCUGGCUUGUUUACGACUCUGCCUAUGUUAAAGGUCACACUGGAAAAAAAAACACUGACAGCAGUAUAGUAGCAGUAUUUUUACUUUUUUUGGUGAGGCUUUCUUUACUUUGCGAUCAAAUGCAUUGACGCCGAUGAUAUCACAGUAUUUAUAGUCUUGACCUCAUCUAUAAAAUGCGGUGGAAUCUCAUUUAGAUUAUGUUAUGCCAUGCUGUAAAAAAAGGCACUUUAUUUGAGUGUCAAUGUAUUUAGCACGAAAGUGCUAAUUGGGGACACUAUAUUUUACGUCUCCUAAUGGAGAGGGGACCGCCAUUUUACGUGGUCAUCCGAGCCACGCAAAGGUCCAGCCGCCUGCAGUGCAAAGGGAGUACCUUCAUUUCUCGGUUAUGUUAAGACCCUGAGUAUUGGUCCGGCCCCAGGAAUCGAACCCGCGACCUCCCGCUCUGCAGUCAAGCGCUCUACCGACUGAGCUAAUCCUGCUGUUAUAGCGCUUUUUAGACCCUGCUAGACAGGUUUUUUAGUUAAUACAUAAUAGCUCAAUUAAUGUCUUGCUUUAGGAUUGACUAAAAGCUAAGAAAAUCAUCCAUAGGUAGAAGUGUAAAUUCAAGGUGUGGAUAGAAUAAUCCCUUACUCGUGACGUCAUAACCCAAGCUCCAGCUACUCUCGUUAUCCAGUGCAGACAGCUUAUUGUCCUGCUUCCGUUAUACGGUUUUCUGGCUGAAUUAAAAAAAAAAACGUAUUUAGAGCAGUACUGGUGCAUUAUGAUAGUCCUGUGAUAUGAACUUAAUCAUAAACGAUUUUGCAAGAAAAAAAGGCAUGCAUCGUCCAUCCCAAUUAUUAUAAGCACUAUUUAAGGCAUCAGCCAGUUCCUUUAACCAAAACAUGCCUGCGGUAACAAACAUGAUGAAACAAAGCAUGUAGCAAAAAUCAAGAAUUUAAAGACUUCACUUGACCUGAAGACCUGACGUCAAGCCUUUAAAAUCCUAAAGUUUUCGUAACAUGCUUUGUUUCAUCUUGUUUGCUCUUGUUACCGCAGUUUGUGUUUUAUUUUUAAUUACUGAAGUUGAAAUGGCCAAAAAAUAAGAGUGUUAACAAUAUAAAACAUACCUGUUUUUUAAUUACAAAUCUGACAUUUUUUCUCGUAUUUUUUCACAGAUGGGCCUUUGGAGUUGUACUUUGGGAAAUAGUUACUCUAGGUACGCUAACAGCUAAAUCUAUCUGUAUAGAAUUUUGAGUAACAGUGACUUUAAAAAAUAUAUGCUAUAUGAUAUUGACGACUUGGUAGCCAUUUACGCCUUUUUUAUGCUGAAUAAACGCAGACAACGUAGUGUUGGUCACUUAGCACAUGAUCAUUUUUCGGUUAGGCAUAAAAAUCAUUUAAACCAUUUUUGGAGGAAUUGUGUGACACUUCUCAUAACUUCCUCAGUUUUGUGAUAUUGCCAAAAAAAAGAUACGUAAGUAGCAUUUGUGACAGUUCAAGUGAAAACUCUGAGAUCUGGGGAAAAUUGACUUUUUCAAAGUUUUUUAAAAAAAAAUGGCCGUUCUGUGUUUAUCGCCAAAUUUUCGGUUUUCGCUGAAAAAAUAGUGGCAAGCCCGUGAAAUCGCGUGAAAGUAAAUACAUUUUCCUACUAUAAUAGUCGAGUUUCUGUGAAACCAUAAUAGUUUUUGAAGAGAGGAAGGGAUAUAAUUUCAAGGAAUGACAAUGUACCUCGUUGUACCUCAACUCAAAAAUCGACAAAUCGAAAUUGAACAUGGCUGUUUUUAACCCUUUGGCAGACGACUGCGCGACUUUAUCGAAUACCCACCUGCGAAGCAAACAUGAGUAAACGUACGUAGAGUGAAAAUAUCCAUAAAACAGGCUUAAAGGAUUAUCCCUUUAUAUAACUAGAAUAAUCAGUAAUUCAUAUUUUCAAAGGUACCUAAAAAUUCAUUUCUGCAGAGGUGAUGCGUGUAUAUGUGAGUAGCAUAAAAUGGGUCAACUUGGUCUGACGAUCGUGUUUUGAGCCAUUAACAUUAAUGAGCAAACACAAAACAAUAGACAAAGAAAUUAUUUCUUGAAAAAUUUUAUUGAAAAAAAAAAAUCCAUUAGUUGAUCCUUAAAAGCAAUCCGCGUAAUACUUAACUAGAACAUGGAUCCGUUUACACAAGUGAAAAUCGGCUGAGCACACGGCAAAAUUCAACACAAAAUCACGCCAUCGCCAACCGGGCACAUUUUGUAAUUUUUCUUUCAGCACCGAUACAGAAAUGAAUUUAACGUCUAUGAAACAUUGAUAAGUACAUAAAUUUCCUUUUACAAACGUACUAAUUUCCUUCACCAUAGAGUAAAAUUCUCCAAAACGUCGCUGCCUUGGUUGCAUUUCAAAACAGGCCAAGCUCUCAGCCGUGAAGAAAAUAAAGUAGAAUUCCUCGAAAAACAAUUCCAUAAUGAAAAGCUUUCCUUUGCCCUCAAAAAGAAAACUGGACUUUCUUUUGAAUUUUCCCAACAACCUGUACAAUGAAUAGGAAUCUCACGCCGUCUAAUUUAUCCAAAAUUCGCCUGUUAGCCGGUAACACGGUAUUCGCGGUGGGUCAUCCAUCCAGUUCCAAAGCCCGUCCCAACUUGAGUGCCCCUACAAAACCGAGUUUCGCGAGGGUCAUUGCAAGAUACGUAUUUCUAGUUAAGUUUCUAAUACGCGUGCAUAAUUACUUAGCAGCACAUUGUGACUCUCUGACCUACGCCAUAUAAGCCUCUGGCUUUGGCAUCGUAUUAUCGUUUACUUGUGCUUUGUGUACUUAUUUAUCAAUAAAGGUUAUUAUUAUUAUUAUUAUUAUUAUUAUUAUUAUUAUUAUUAUUAUUAUUAUUAUUAUUAUUAUUAUUAUUAUUAUGCUCAUCACGAGACUCAUUUGAAAACAAUGAAUUCAAAGUCGUCACGAUUCUUAUCCCCAGUUUCCACGGUCUCCGCUAGGAACGCCUGGGAGCAUCAAGUCCCAGUUGGUGCCCACACAUAAAGAAAAAUAAAAAAGAAAGGCCUGCAUUUUUAGAGUCUUGCCCUGCUAAAGUAAAAUCGACAAAUAAAAUGUCUAUAAUUUGUAAAUUUAUAGACUAAUAAAACGUCUAUAAUUUGUAAAUUUAUAGACUAAUAAAAUGUCUAUAAUCUGUAAAUUUAUAGACUUUUUAUAAAGGUGCAAUCUUCCCCUCUUUGCGUGCGUCGCUCAAAAACGCGACCUUUGCUUAAACUCCCUAAUAUCUGGGAAAAUACUUCCCGAGCAUUACUGGCCACAAGCCGUUCUGAUUAAUAAAUCAUUGUAUCAGGUGGGACGCCAUACCCUACCAUAGAAAGCAAAGAAUUGUUUCGACUGCUGAAGAAUGGGUACAGAAUGGAAAAACCAGAAACUUGCAACGAGGAGCUGUAAGUAGUGGCAUUGGCCGUUUUUAUACUAGAGGACGCACUAUUCGUCCAGACGGAUAAUGCGUCUGUGGCCGUUUUUAUACUAAGGACGCAUUAUCCGACCAGACGAACUUGGGCAAACAUUUGUAGUUCAUCUAGUUAUGCGUCUCAAGUAUAAAGACGGGCACAAGACGCAUUAUACGUCUGGACAAACUUUCCUUCGAAAUACGUCUUGAACGACGCACUACGAAAGGUAGUUCGUCUGGACGCAUAAUGCGUCUUGUGCCCGUCUUUAUACUAGAGACGCAUAACCAGACGAACUACAAAAUGUUUGCCCAAGUUCGUCCAGACGGAUAAUGCGUCCUUAGUAUAAAAACAGCCAUUGAUGAUGAAGAUAUCGAACUUAAAUAACCAUUCAGUUACCAACAGCUACUAGCUGAUUCGCCCUUUAAUCGGUGAAUUUCUCUUAUUCUUUUUCUUUUUUCAGCUACAAAAUGAUGCAGGACUGUUGGCAGAAUAACCCUGAAAAUCGUCCCACUUUCACUCAGAUUCGGGAGAGCCUGGAAACCAUAAUGCAGAAGGAAAAUCCAUAUCUGGACCUGACUGCUGUGGACGAAUCGCACGCCGAAUACAACGUGCAGUCUUGUGACAGUAUGGCGGAGGAGUCCGACGAUGAUCAAAGAGACGACAAUGUUAAAGCAGUGUGCCACGAAGGUAUGUAA